AUGGAGGAAGCAACUCAAGUAGCGAGUUCCGAGGUUCCUGUAGUGAAAGGAGAUGCUGAUGACCUUAAGACAAUUGAUGUUUCCAUCAAGCCUGUGAAUGGAGAUGUGACAAAGGAAGGUAAAGAAGAGGAUGACGGAGAGUUCAUAAAAGUUGAGAAGGAAGCUUUUGAUAAAGCAGACCAUGUUCCUGUUCAAGAGGAAAAGCAAGUUUCAAUUGAAAGAAGCUCGAGUGGUUCACAAAGACAACUACAUGAAUCACAAGAAAAGGCGAAGGAGCUAGAGCUUGAAUUGGAAAGAGUAGCAGGGGAACUGAAACGGUAUGAAUCUGAGAAUACCCACUUGAAGGAUGAGCUUUUGUCUGCGAAAGAGAAGUUGGAAGAAACGGAGAAGAAGCAUGAAGAGCUCGAAGUUGUCCACAAGAAGCAGCAAGAGAAAGUUCUUGAAGGAGAAGAGAGACACAGCUCUCAGUUGAAGUCCUUGGAAGAUGCUUUGCAGUCUCAUGAUGCCAAAAAUAAGGAACUAACUGAAGUUAAGGAAGCUUUUGAUGCAUUGGGGAUAGAACUCGAGAGCUCACAAAAGAAGUUGAUAGAGUUGGAGGAAGGGCUAAAGCUUUCAGCUGAAGAGGCUAAGAAAUUUGAAGAGCUGCAUAAACAAAGCGCUUCUAAUGCUGACUCCGAGAUUCAGAAGGCUUUGGAGUUGGCACAGUUGCUUGAGUCGACGAAAGAGAGUGCUAAGGAAAUGGAGGAAAAAAUGUCGUCUCUGCAGCAAGAAAUCAAGGACUUGAAUGAGAAGAUUUCUGAAAAUGAAAAGGUUGAAGCUGCCUUAAAGAGUAGUGUUGGAGAGUUAGCUGCAGUGCAAGAGGAAUUGGCACUUUCAAAAUCUCGUUUGCUGGAGACGGAACAAAAAGUGUCUUCCACAGAAGCCCUCAUUGAUGAACUGACUCAGGAACUUGAGGAGAAGAAAUCUUCUGAAUCUCGGCUCAAGGAAGAGUUAUUGGUUCUUGGUGAUUUGGUUGUUCAGACCAAAGAUCUUCAGGCUAAACUCUCUGAACAGGAAGGCAUUACUGCAAAGCUUGGAGAAGAACUCAAAGAGAAGGAACUUCUGGAAUCUUUGUUGAAAGACGAGGAAGUGAAGCUGACAGCUGCAAAUGAGAAGUUAGCCGAAGUAUUGAAAGAAAAAGAAGCACUUGAAGCAGAUGCAGCAGAAGUUUCAAGUAAUGCAGCGAAAGUAAAAGAUAUCUGCAGUGAACUAGAAGAGAAACUGAAGACCUCAGAUGAUAGUUUCUCCAAAGCAGAUGCUCUUCUGUCUCAAGCUUUAUCAGACAAAUCUGAACUUGAGCAGAAACUUAAGUCACUGGAGGAGCGUCACAAUGAAACUGAAGCUGUGGCAGCAUCUGCUACUCAGAAGAAUCUUGAGCUCGAGGAAGUUGUUCGGUCUUCUACUCAAGCAGCAGAAGAAGCAAAGAUGCAGAUAAAAGAGCUGGAGACACAGUUCACUGCAGCUGAACAAAAGAACGUGGAGCUAGAGCAGCAACGGAACUCAUUACAACUGAAAAGCACUGACGCAGAACAGGAACUGAAACAAAUGUCUGAGAACGUAUCUGAACUUAAAACAGCUGUUGAAGUUGCCGAGGAAGAGAAAAAACAAGCAACCACUCAGCUGCAGGAAUACAUAGAAAAAGCAUCUGAAUUAGAAUCUUCUCUAAACCAAUCAUCCGCCAGAAAUUCAGAGCUUGAAGAAGAUUUGAGAACCGCUUUGCAGAAGGGUGCAGAGCAUGAAGAUCGUGCUAAUACGACUCACCAGCGCAGCAUUGAACUUGAAGGUCUGUGUCAGGCAUCACAGUCCAAACAUGAAGAGGCAGAAGGAAGAUUGAAAGAUUUAGAGCUUCUACUCCAGACAGAAAAAUACAGAAUUCAGGAGCUUGAGGAGCAGGUUACCACGCUAGAGAAAAUGCGUGGGGAAACUGAAGCAGAUUCCAAAAGUUACUUGGGACAGGUGGCUGAGCUUCAAUCCACAAUCGAGGCGUUCCAAGUGAAGAGUUCGAGUCUUGAAGAUGCUUUAAACACUGCAACUGAGAAGGAGAAAGAACUGACAGAAAAUCUUAACGCUGUCUUGGGUGAGAAAAAGAACUUGGAAGAUACAGUGAGUGAGUACAGCGUGAAGAUCAGUGAGUCUGAGAAUCUGUUAGAAAGUCUCAGGAAUGAGUUGAGUGUCACACAAGGAAAGUUGGAGAGCAUUGAAAACGAUCUUAAAGCUGCUGGCUUGAAGGAAAGCGAAGUAAUGGAGAAGCUGAAGUCUGCUGAAGAGAGUCUUGAGCAGAAAGGAAGAGAGAUAGAUGAAGCUAUGACGAAAACCAUGGAGCUUGAAGCUUUGCAUGAGUCAUUAAGUAAAGACUCUGAGCAUAGAAUCCAAAAGGUGAUGGAGGAGUUCACUAGCAGAGAUUCAGAGGCCAAUUCUUUGGCUGAGAAAUUGAAAGGCCUCGAGGAGUUAGUAAAAUCAUAUGAAGAGCAGUUGGCUGAAGCAUCUGGAAAAUCUUCUUCUUUAAAAGACGAACUUGAUCAGACUUUGGCAAAACUUGCCGCUGCGGAAACAGUUAAUGAUAAACUCAAACAAGAGUUUGAUCAGGCACAAGAAAAGUCCUUGCAGUCAUCAUCAGAAAAUGAAAUAUUAGCUGAGACAAGUAACCAGCUCAAGAUCAAAAUUCAAGAGCUUGAAGGGUUACUUGGUUCUAGUUCUGUUGAGAAAGAAACGGCCAUGAAACAGUUGGAAGAGGCAAAUGAAAGGUUUAACCAGAAAGACACAGAAUUUAAGGAGGUCGUUGAAAAGCUAAAAGAACAUGAAAACCAAGUCGAGGAGCACAAAAGUCUUGCUCAUAAAGCGUCAGGAGUUGCAGAUACUAGAAAAGUUGAGCUUGAUGAGGCUCUAUCAAAAUUGAAGAGUCUUGAAUCUACUAUUGAAGAGCUAAAGGCCAAGUGUGAUGUUCUUGAGAAAGAAAAUGGGGAUCUGGCUGAAGUAAAUUUAAAGCUGAACCAGGAACUAGCAAAUCAUGGAUCAGAGGCCAACGAGUUGCAGACAAAGCUCUCUACUCUGGAGGCUGAGAGGGAGCAAACAACAAAAGAUCUGCAGGCUUCAAAAACAGCCACAGAAGAUCUAACAAAGCAGCUUACCUCUGAAGGGGAGAGAUUGCAGUCACAGAUCAAUUCCCUUACCGAGGAGAACAACCAAGUUAAUUCGAUGUUUCAAAGUACUAAGGAUGAGCUACAAUCAGUUAUUGCAAAGCUUGAGGGACAAGUAACCGUAGAGAGGUCUAAAGCUGAUACUUUGGUGUCUGAGAUUGAGACGCUCAGGGCAGUGGCUGCUAAAAAGUCUGUUUUGGAAUCACAUGUUGAAGUACUUGAACAGACUUUGAAAAAUUUCGAAACUCAGUUGAAAGAAGAGGUUGAAAACGCAACGGAUGCGUCUGUAAAAGUGGCAGAACUGACCUCAAAACUCCAGGAAAAGGAACAUAUCGCUAGUGACCGAGAUGUGCUCAAUGAGCAAGUGCUUCAGCUUCAAAAAGAGCUUCAAUCGGCUCAGAGUUCCAUUGAUGAACAGAAACAAGCACACUCUCAAAAGCAUUCAGAGCUGGAGUCUGCACUAAAGCAAUCACAAGAAGAGAUUGAAGCUAAGAAAAAGGCGGUCACUGAAUUUGAAUCAAUGGUCAAAGAUCUUGAACAGAAAGUGCAGCUUUCGGAUGCUAAGACUAAGGAGAAUGAGGCAAAGGAUGUAGGUAUUAAAUCUCGAGACAUUGACUUGUCCUUCUCUUCUCCAACCAAACGUAAGAGCAAGAAGAAGUCAGAGGCAUCUCCGUCUUCUUCUUCUUCUCCGGGCAACGUUACUGCGACUACUCAGACGGCUUCAACUUCGCAUCUCAUGACAGUGAAGAUCAUGUCUGGAGUGGCUCUGGUUUCGGUUAUAAUCGGUAUAAUUCUUGGGAAAAAGUAUUAAGACUCUUCUGGUGUGGUGUGAUGUUCAUAUGUGAUGAUCUCUCCUUUUUUAUUUUGGGGUUUUUAAUUUUGAUCAAACUCUCUCAUAAGGUCAUGAGAGAUAGAUGUAAUGCGUAGCGGAGUUUAUGAUGCUCUUCAGAUUGAUUUUGGUUUUCGUUUUUUUGGGUUGGUGGUUUUCUUUUUUCUGGCUUGUAGGUCAAGCAAUGUUCUUCUAGUACUCUAAAUUU